CCUACUUCCCGUCAUUACACAUGUAUCUAAGCAAGACGAGGAACACCUGAACGCAGCACGUAGUAACUUUUACUUUCUAAAUUUGUAAACGGACGGUUACCAGGUUGAGACCGAAUGAAUCUUUUUUUGGACCAUUUAAACACAAUUCAGCUGUAAAAUUGUUUCUUUUGUGGUGUCGUCGUGAUGUGGUGCAUCGUGUUUUUCAGCUUAUUUGCGUAUGCAGCACAGACUGCAAGCGACUCUUGUCCAGUGGAAACGAGUCCAACCAAAGCGGUGGUGCCUUUCGGAGGCUCUUUCACCGCCACCUGUAAGGCCUUAUCCGACCAGGUGGAGGGUAUGGGCUGGGAGUCUUCCUACGGGGGUACAGGACUGCAGCAGGGAGUGACCAAUAUCACCUUGCAUGUUGAGUCCUUGAGAGACUGGAGAUUGAAUGCGGUGUGCUUCGCCAAUCUCAAAGAUGGCUCUCAGUGCACCCAACGGUUUCCCAUCACUACUUACAAAAUGCCUGACAGUGUGACCAUAGAUGGUUGGACAGAGAAUGAGCCGAAGAAGGAGGGCUUAACGUUCAUCCUAUAUUGUAAGGUCGUUCAAGUUGCACCUAUACGUGAAGUCAUGGUGGAAUGGUUCAAAGGAAAUAGGAGCAUCGGUUUGGCCGCACAAGGGAAGAUGGAGAACAAAGAGCCGAUCAAUGCUACAUUUGGCCAUGUUAUGACAGUCUUCAGAGAGGAUGACGGAACGCAAGUGUGGUGUGAAGCAAGGCUGGACUUUGGGCCAUCGGGGCCCGUACUUCCUGUUGUGUCUUCGGAGCCGCAGAAGCUGUUUGUGCUUUACCCGCCCACCUUCAACGAAACUCACACGAACCUGUCACUUCCCAUUGGAGGCAACAUGACUUUAAAUUGCAGCGCUUCUGGAAACCCGCCUCCGAGAUACAGCUGGACUCUCCCGGUCCCGUUGAAGUUGGAGACGGAAAAUCAACCCGUUUUGACCUCAUCCUUCCAGCAUCCCGGCACAUACCAGUGCACCGCCGCUAACUCCCUGGGCGCCACCACCAAAGUCUUCACUGUCAGCGAAGCUCCAAGGGAUUGGACGACCUUCGCAGCAGUGGUUGGAGUGUUUCUGGCCCUGGGAGUCCUUCUCGUCAUCGGCGGACUUUUAUUUGUCACUCCCCAAGGAACGUUUUCGUUUAACAAGGGCAGCUAUAGCAGGGGACAACCUACGUCAGGUCCUGUAUGAUUUAAAAAAAAAAAAAAAAAAGUUUUUAUGAUGAAUGCUUUAGGCCUAAGGGGUGUGGCCUACCCUGCAUGCACAUUACUACUACGAUACAUACACUUGUUUACUCACACUAGUACUAUGUUUACAUGAUUGAGAUUGUAUUGUUGUACUUCACUGUGCCACUUUUGGCUGCAUGUGUGUUUUUGCUCGCCUACUGGAACCUUAAAAGUCAAACGUAUUCGGCAACAUAGGAACAAAUAUGUUUCGCAGUCAAACUGCACAGUCAUCAAUUGACCUGCCUGGUGAACUCAAAUUGGGGUGAAAUGGAGUUCACGAUGAGUUGCUGGGGGAAGUGGAACAACAUGAUCCACUUUACACUAUGGCACAACUCUUGCAUUAUUCUGCUUAGUGUCAUUCUGGCGCGGAAGCAUGAGUUCAGAACAUUACAAAUACUAUUUUAAAAAUAUCAUACUUGACUGUGACUUAUCGCCAUAAUUGAUGAAGAAAUACUUCUUUAAAAACUGAUUGUUUUAUCGAGUGCUGCACGGUGGUAGAGUGGUUAGCAAACAGGCCUAACAGCUAGGAAACCCGAGUUCGAGUCCACCCUCGGCCAUCUCUGUGUGGAGUUUGCAUGUUCUCCCCGUUUCUCCAGGGGCACAUUCCAAAAACAUGCUAGGUUAAUUAGCGACUCCAAAUUGUCCAUAGGUAUGAAUGUGAGUGUGAAUGGUUGUUUUUCUAUAUGUGCCCUGUGAUUGGCUGGCGACCAGUCCAGGGUGUACCCCGCCUCUCGCCUGAAGACAGCUGAGAUAGGCUCCAGCACCUCAGCGACCCUCAUGUGGAUAAGCAGUAGAAAAUGAAUGAAUAUUUCAGCAUUAUUAGAGCCUCUAGACAUUAAAUAACACCCCUAUAUUUACUUUUAAACUCUUAUUACCCAAAUUUGUAAAUAAAAGAAAUAAAACCUUUUAGGGGCUGCACGGUGUUAGAGUGGUUAGCACACAGGCUUCACAGCUAGGAGACCCGAGUUCAAUUCCACCUUCGGCCAUCUCUGUGUGGAGUUUGCAUGUUCUCCCCGUGCAUGCGUGGGUUUUCUCCGGGUACUCCGGUUUCCUCCCACAUUCCAAAAACAUGCUAGGUUAAUUGGCGACUCCAAAUUGUCCAUAGGUAUGAAUGUGAGUGUGAAUGGUUGUUUGUCUAUAUGUGCCCUGUGAUUGGCUGGCGACCAGUCCAGGGUGUCACCCCUCGUUUAUCACGGUUAAUUGGUUAGAGGCCCUACUGUGAUAGGUGUAAAGUAUUUUUUAUAUUAUUAGAGCCAUUUAGACAUUAUAUAACAACCCUAUGGUCACUUUUACACUCAUAUUACCUACUAUAGUAGACAGCAUAAGCAAUUAUAAGACUCACCGGCAACGUUUGAAUUUUAAGGUUCCAAUAUUUUAUGUAUAUGCGUGUGUUUUUAAAAGCAUGUUGCAGCACCUUAAUAUCUCAAGCGAUGAAUUGCACUGACUUGUCCCAUUUUAAAUCAAGACAACCACUUGCUUUGUUCUCAAACUUGCCAAAAAAACAAAAAAGAGCCAUUAAAUGGAUGAAGAGUGUGCAAUGUCCAAAACAAAGAAAAAUAUUCUUUCACUUGUACCCUUCUCGCUGUUGUUGAACAAGUGAGUGUGUGAGAUAAAUCACACGGAUCUUUACAUUCCGUUCCCGUCCACUUUAGGUGACUCCAACGCUGUAUGCUCAGCCUGCGUUGCCACAACAACCAGGCUCUGAAUCGCUUCUGCUUGUUUUAAUGACGGGGGAAAAAAAAACACAACACAGGAGUUGAAGUGCAUGAAGUUGUUACUCUGAUGUGAGGGCUAUGUAUGGUAUACAGUUUCACUAUCGCAGCUGUGUGCACUAUAAAUAACAGAAAGCAUCUGAUUACACGUGCUGCAGAUAGGCUGCAUGCAGCAUUCUGGUCACAGUGGGGAGUCUUGCAAACAACAGCCACAGCUCCUGCCUGCUGGGAUCUCACAAAGCGGCGAGGUCACUGGAUGUAAGAAUGCAGGCAGCAAUGACAUUCGCUAGCCAA